UCGUGUUUUCGAUUUUCGCCACACUAUGAAAAUUCGAAAAUUUCUACGCCACAAAUCGGCCUCUCAAAAGCAUUCACUCUGGCUCACACAAGCCUACAUUGAUGGCAAAUGGCUGGACGCCGCGAACGGCGCUAAAUUCGAAGUCCGUAAUCCAGCAAAUUUGGAAGUAAUCGGCAGUGUGCCAGACAUGACCGUUGACGAAGCACAGCGAGCGAUUGAUGCGGCGACUAAGGCAUUUUAUGCCCCAGAGUGGAAAUUCAUCACAGCGCGUGAGCGUUCUCAGUUACUGAAAAAUUGGUACGGACUAAUAGCGCAGCACGGCGCCGAGCUAGCCGACAUAAUCACGGCCGAAUGCGGCAAACCUUUAUCAGAGUCAAGAGAGGAGGUGGCUUAUGGCAGUUCGUUUGUGGAAUGGUUUGCUGAGGAGGCGCGACGCAUUGAUGGACAGAUCAUUGCUAGUUCUAUGGCAAAUCAGGAAAUAUUAAUACUGCGCGAUCCAAUUGGUGUUGUGGGACUUAUAACACCAUGGAACUUUCCGAUGGCGCUAGUUUUACGUAAAGCAGCGGCGGCACUGGCAUCGGGCUGCACUGUCGUUGCGAAACCUUCUGAGGAUACGCCACUUACCAGUCUGGCGCUUGCCAAGCUAUCGGAGUGGGCCGGCAUACCAGCAGGCGUUUUUAAUGUGAUCACUUCGAACACAGCUCCACCCAUCGGUGAGCUCUUCUGUAGUAGUCCACUGGUGAACGGCAUCUCCUUUACCGGCUCCACUGAAGUAGGCAAACACUUGUUUCGCCAGUCAGCUGGUUUACUUAAACGUGUCUCGUUGGAGCUUGGCGGCAAUGCACCUUUCAUUGUCUUCGAAACGGCUGACAUAGCAGAGUCUGUGAAGGGCGCGAUGGUUUCCAAGUUUCGCAAUUCCGGGCAGACUUGUGUCUCUUCAAAUCGAUUCUACGUGCAUUCUUGCAUUUAUGACACCUUUGUGGAGCAACUAAAAGCUCAAGUUGAGGCGCUCAAAAUCGGUCCGGGUCAAGACAAGGAAGUGCAAAUCGGUCCACUUAUUAAUGCAGCACAGCUAAAGAGAAUUGAGUCCUUCAUGAAGGAUGCGCGACAGAGACACACGCGGAUAUUAUGCGGUGGCAAGCAAUUGGCGGACAAAGGGCCGCUUUUUUACGCGCCCACCAUCAUCACCGACGUAGAUCGUACAGCGCGCAUAUACCGCGAAGAAGUAUUUGGCCCAGUAAUUGUUUUGGCAAAGUUCGAGACGGAAGAUGAGGUUGUGCGUAGGGCGAAUAACUCACUGCGUGGUUUGGCGGGUUAUUUCUACAGUCAGGACUUGCAGCAAGUAUUUCGGGUAGCGCGACAACUUGAGGUCGGCAUGGUGGGCGUAAAUGUGGGAUUGAUGUCGCAAGCGGAAGCGCCAUUUGGUGGCAUUAAAGAAUCGGGCAUUGGACGCGAAGGCAGUCACUAUGGUGUUGAUGAGUUCACUGAAGUGAAGUAUAUCUGCUUGGGUGGGCUGAAGUAUGAUUGAAUGUAGGAUGAGGUGGCUAAUCAAUAUAGCAGUCAUGCUUUCAGGGGGUUGAAGUGAGAUUUAGACAGCAGCCAUUGUGACAUCGAGUACCUCAUACAGGUGAAGUAUAUCUAUUUGGGUAGGUUGGAGAUUGAUUUAGUGGGAGCAGUUGCGCUGAGAAGGAGUGGUAAUCACUAUGACAUCAAUCAAUUAAUGGAAGCAAAGCUUUGGGUGGAUUAAAGCAUGUUGGAGUGGGAGUAGACGCAUUGAGGAGGAGGGAUAAUCACUAUGGCAUUAAGCAGUUUAUGGGGGUGAAGUAAAUCGGUUUGGGUGGACUGAAGUUAUGAUGGAUUUGAGGUACUCGCAUUGCGAAGAAGGAGUUAUCGCCAUGGCAUCAAUAAAUUUAUGACAGUGAAACUAAUUUUUUUUUACGUGGACUGAAGUAUGGUGGAUUGGGAGUAGUUGCGUUGAGGAGGAGGGGUAGUCACUAUGGCAUCAAUAAGUUUAUGGCAGUCAAAUAUUAUUUUUUUUUUGUCUGGUUGAACUGAGGUGUGUAGGAGUGUAAGUAGUUGGAUUGAAAAAGAGGGCAGUCAAUAUGAUAUAAAUGAGUUCGUGGAGGUGAAAAAUAUGUAUUUGGGUGGAGUUGAAGGUGGCUGAAAAAUAGAUAAAUGGAAAAAAUGUAUAACCUGCGAUCCCCAUCUUCCCAACUUAUUCCAUUAAACUAUGUGUGUGUAUUGUUUUUAAUUUGUUUGAAAUCACUUUAUUACUAAUUUUACAUAGUUACUCUAAAAUAAUAUAUAUGCACUUGUAUAUUAUACUUAACUACAUACAUUUUUUUCUUUCUCAUUUAUCAAUUUUUUUAUUAGGUUUUGUUUUUCUUACGUGGUUCCUUGUGCUUGUUUAAUUGGUUCUUUUUUGCUUACAUCUUAUUCGUAAUUUUACAUACCACUUAGUGUCUACUGCUAUAUAAUUUUUCUCUUUUAAUUCUGGUUUUUGUUUCUUUUUUUAUAUAAUUCUACUGGGGUUUUUACAAUUUUUAUUUUCAAUUCAGAAUUUGGUUGCAUUUUUUCAA